GUGAUGGGAAUGGAGAAAAAAGUUGCUUUUCAAGUACUGGUUGACAGAGUGAGGAAAAAAAUAAAGCAUUUGAAGGGGCAGACUUUGUCUAUAGCAGCUAAAGAAGAACUUUUCAAGUCAGUAGCGCAAGCUCAAGCUACAUAUUCAAUGUUUGUUUUCCUAAUACCGGAUGGUGAGAUAAGGAAAGCUAUUGCAAGCUUUUGAUGGGGACAACAGAAGGAGGAGAGGAGAAUUCCAUGGCGAGCCUGGCAUAAACUUUGCAAGUCAAAGGUGGAAGGAGGAAUGGGGUUUAGGAAUCUGCACUUUUUCAACAUUGCACUAUUAGGGAAACAGGUUUGGAAUCUUAUAAACAAUCCAAAAUCUCUAGUAGCUAGGAUGCUGAAUGCUAAGUACUACCCUAAUACUGAUAUUCUACAAGCUCAAUUAGGAUCAGAUCCAAGUUAUACGUGGAGGAGUAUCCUAGUUGCUCAAAAAGCAGUCAAGGAAGGGAUUCGCUGGCGAGUGGGAAAUGGAUCAGACAUAAACAUUUGGUCAGAUUGUUGGGUGGCAGGAGCAGAGGGAGCUGACUAUCGAGUCACUACACCUAAGCCAAUCUCAGGGGGCUUGACAAGGGUGAUUGACCUCAUUGAUCAUGAGAAAAGGGAGUGGUGUGCUAAUAUGUUGCAGAACAAUUUCAACAUGGAGGACAGAACAAAAAUUCUGGCAAUUCCAAUCCCCAGGCAACCAGCUAAGGACAUCCUAGUUUGGAGCGCGGAGCGAAAGGGAUGCUACACUGUAAAAUCGGCAUACAGGCAGCUUAUCAAAAAGAAAGCCACAGUAGACAUCCAAGGUGAUACAACGGUGGGAGAGGAAGAAGAGGCUGGAGAUGAAAAUGCUGAAGCCUAUGAUCCCAUGGACUGGGCUAGACUUUGGAAACUGACAAUUCUGCCAAAAAUCUAGAUAUUCCUAUGGAGACUAGCGCAUGAAAUUUUACCAACAAAUAAGAAUAUUGAAUCAAGGAAGAAAGAGGUGGCAGUGGAAUGUCCAUUCUGUCAUAUGGAAGAAACCCAGAAUCAUAUUUUAAGGGAAUGUCAGUGGGCAAUUCGCAUUUGGAGAUCGUCCUCGUUCAGACCCCUUUUUGAAAUAGAACCUAACCUAUUAUCUAUUAGCUGGUUAUGUGCAGUUAUGGAUCAAGUGGAGGAUGAAGCGCUGGAGAAGUUAGGCAUCAUUUUGUGGUCUUGCCCUAAACUACUAGGAGGAAUACAGAGCGCAACACAAAUUGGAGAAGGAGGAAAGACCGGAGUGGAAACAUACCUGAGAAAAGCCUCCAGCAGGUUGGGUGAAGAUGAAUGUCGACGCGGUGGUGCUGGAGGAGGGAGAAAUUGGACUGGGAGCCGUGGCAAGGUACGCAGAGGGGACUUUCCUUUUUGCAGCUGUGAGACGAGAAAGGAUUCACUAGGCACCCGAAAUGGCGGAGCUCUGAGCCAUCGCCUUCGGUUUGCAGAUGGCAGAGGAAUAACAUCUUUGGCCAACGGUGGUUGAGAGCGACUGUCUCGCUGCCAUCCAACAGAUUAAGGCGGAGGAAAUGACGCGACUAGAAGGAGGAGUGAUGGUCUGAGAAAUGAAGGAGAAGGCGCAGAGAUUGGCUCGAUCCAAUGGAGUUUCAUUAAACGGGCUGGUAAUGAACCUAUGGACCUUAAGGCCACCUAUUGCUAUCCUUUCCACUUUGGACUUUGGACAGGGAUGCUUUGAUUCAUGAAUAAACAUACAUGUCCCAAUAAAAAAAAAUACCAAUAAUUCCAACCUAGCAAAGUUAACUCUUUGGACUUUGGACAGGGAUGCUUUGAUUCAUGAAUAAACAUACAGGUCCCAAUAAAAAAAAAUACCAAUAAUUCCAACCUAGCAAAGUUAAGACCAACAGUGGCGACAUCACCAGAAAAUGGUAGAAUUCCAAGCAUCUUUAACAGUGUCACUAAAGUUAUUGACCAAAUGGCUAUAUUUGUGGUUUUUCAAAAAUUUACUUUCAAUGUCACAAAGUCUCAAGUUAUGAUUACUGAGGUGUAUUUUGUCUUCAUUAUACUCGAACAAAGGCAGGUAGGCGUAUAAUGCUUAAUUAUGCAUUUGUCUAUACCAUAGACGAUCCCUUGGUUUUGAGUGGAGGGAGAUGCAAGGGGUAAGAUUAAAAGGCUUUUUAUUUU